AUGUCAGAUGGACCAAAUGGUGUUCGAGGCACCCGAUUUUUCAACGGGGUUCCUGCAGCUUGUUUGCCAUGUGCCACAGCACUAGGUGCUUCGUUCGACACCGAGCUCAUAUUUUCCCUUGGAAAACUUCUUGGUCUGGAAUGUAAGGCAAAAGGGGCACAUGUUCUCCUAGGUCCGACAGUCAAUGUCCAAAGAAGCCCGCUUGGAGGUCGUGGGUUUGAAUCCUUCUCAGAAGAUCCUGUACUUUCGGGAUCUUUAGCGGCGAGUUAUUGCUUGGGUGUCCAGAGCGAGAAUGUCAUCCCAACCCCGAAGCAUCUUGUAUGCAAUGACCAGGAACAUGAGCGUAUUGCUGUCAGCGCACUAGUCACUGAGCGUGCUCUGAGGGAGAUAUAUCUGCUGCCCUUUCAGUUAGCCAUAACGAGCGCUAACCCCGGUGCACUCAUGACCUCGUACAAUAAGGUCAACGGAUGUCAUGCCAGCGAGAGCCCUGACCUCCUUCAGGAUGUUGUUCGGGGGGAAUGGAAUUACAAAGGCCUUAUCAUGAGCGAUUGGUUCGGCACCUAUAGUGUGUCUGAGGCUAUCAAUGCCGGUCUGGAUCUUGAAAUGCCUGGGCCAUCUCGGUUUCGUGGGCCUGGCUUGGUACAUGCCAUCACUUCCAACAAGGUCUCAGAGAGAACUAUCAAUGACCGGGUACGCACUGUUUUGGAACUAGUAAAACUGGCUGCUAUUUCAGAAAUCCCCGAGAAUGCACCUGAAGUCCAACGGAACCUUCCUGAGGACAAAGCAUUGCUCCGCAGAGCAGCCGCUGAGACAAUUGUUCUUCUAAAAAACGAUGAUCGUAUUCUUCCUCUCGAUCCGACGAAAAGGACAGUCGUGAUCGGACCUAAUGCCAACAUCGCGGCAUACUGUGGCGGAGGUUCUGCGGCCCUGUCGCCGUAUUAUGCCAUUACACCCUUGCAAGGGAUUACAAGCGGCUGUGCCGGCGGUGUAACAUUCUCGCAAGGGGUGUAUGGCCAUAAAGAGCUACCACUUCUAGGCGAACAGCUGAAAACCGAGGAUGGUCGGACUGGAUAUAUAUUCAGUGUGUUUAGUGAGCCUCCCACUACCAAAAACAGAAAAGCGGUAGACAUCCUACACAUGAGGAGCAGCUCCGCCUUUUUGAUGGACUACAAGCAUCCAGAGAUUCACUCCGACCUUUACUACAUUACCAUGGAAGGGAUGUUCGAGCCCGCGGAAAGUGGGAUAUAUGACUUCGGUCUUACGGUAGCCGGUACCGGCGAGCUCUUCAUUGAUGGGGAAAAGGUCGUCGAUAACAAGACAAAUCAGAGACAGGGGACAUCUUUCUUUGGCAUCGGAACCCCAGAAGAGCGUGGCUCUAAAUACCUCAAAGCGCAUCAGCGGUAUAGUAUUCUUGUUGACUAUGGUACUGCCCCGACUUCCAACCUGAAACUACACGGAGUCGUGUCAUUUGGACCUGGAGGACUUCGAGUCGGAGGCUGCAAACGAAUCAAUCCAGAGCGUGCUAUUCAAGAGGCUGUUGAUCUAGCAGCGUCAGCUGACCAGGUGGUUGUCUGUAUUGGAUUGAGUGGGGAAUGGGAAAGCGAGGGGUUUGACCGUCCACAUAUGGAUCUCCCACCAAUGUCAGAUCAGCUAAUUGAAAGAAUUCUUGCUGUUCGUCCAAAUGCCGUGGUUGUUGUGCAGAGUGGCACGCCCGUAGCAAUGCCGUGGGCUCUGAAUGUGAAAGCUCUUCUUCAUGCGUGGUAUGGUGGGAACGAGACAGGCAAUGGCAUUGCAGAUGUCAUCUUCGGAACCGUGAAUCCGGUGGGUAUUGACCAAAUUAUAUAUUACGUAUACACACCAGCUAACUUCAACUUCAAGUCAGGCAAACUUCCUCUUAGUUUCCCAGAAUUCAUCGAGCAGAAUCCGGCAUACUUGUCCUAUCGAUCAGAAGGAGGAAGGGUUCUGUACAGUGAGGACAUCUAUGUCGGUUAUCGGUACUAUGAAAAGAUCAAAGUGAAACCUCUCUUCGGUUUCGGGUAUGGUCUCUCUUACACGGCAUUCCGGCUUUCAAAUAUUGCUCUUUCACAGCCGUUCAAGACUCUGAAUAAAAUCAAGAAGGAAGUUCUGGAAGUUUCAGUCUCAGUGAAGAAUAUCGGCGCUUGCAGUGGGGCAGAGACAGUUCAGGUAUACCUCUCACCGCCUCCCAACGCCAGCAUUUCCCGCCCCAUCAGAGAGCUCAAGGGCUUCAAAAAGGUCAUGCUGCAACAAGGCGAGAUACAGGACGUCAUCAUCACUAUUCCAGUUGCUUUGGCGACCAGUUUCUGGGACGAGAGGCUGUCUACCUGGGUUAGUGAAGUGGGAGAGUACACAGUCACCGUCGUUGGGACUGGUGAGCAGAAUGUGCUCUCGGCAGGAUUUCUGAUUUCCCACACCAGGGAAUGGAAUGGCCUAUUCAGACCUGGUACACCUACUCCGUCUUUAGUGCGGCUGCCAAGUGGGGCUCUUUUGGGGACGCAUGGCCAAAAGCCGCAAACGCCGGGCGUGAUGUUUCGGGUGGUUGGCCAAAGACCGAGCACCGACCAUGAUUCCUCUGCCACCAAUUACCUUACAGCCCCCACAAUUACUGUUUUCCGUGGUUUCCCAGAAAAAGGCUGCUACACCUGGUCGCCGUUCGUCACUAAGCUCGAGGCCCGCCUACGGUUUGGCAAUAUCACCUACAACGUUGAGGCAGGCUCACCCGCAAAAAGUCCCCGGGGCAAGGUACCCUACAUCACAUUCGAGCGUGAUGGCCAACGUCAAUUUAUGUCCGACUCCACAUUAAUCACGAAGUCUUUCAUUGGGUCUGGUUAUCUAGAGGAUCUCAACCAAAGACUUUCCCCUGUGGAAAAAGCUCAGGACCUUGCCCUCAAAGCCCUGAUAGAGGAUAAGCUCUAUUUCUACCAGGGUCAUGAGCGGUGGGUCCUAAACUAUUAUACCAUGCGCUCCAAAAUCCUAGCGAGCGUCCCCUGGCCUGCGCAGGUGAUUGUUGGGAACAUAAUCUACAACAAGAUCGUCCGUAACCAGCAGGGUCAAGGCACAGGCAGCUUUUCCGCAGAGGAAAUUGCUGUCUUCAGGCAGGAAAUAUGGCAAUCUGUCAACGGGCUUUUAUCGGCUGCGCACGUCCAGCAUCGGGAUCGGGAAGGGCCGUUCUGGGUGUGGGGCGGCGAUGCCCCCACAGAGGCCGAUGCAGUGGUGUUUGGCUUUGUGGUGUCGGCCCUGAUCUGUGAAGCGGGCCCAGAAACCACGCGGCUUGUGAAGAGUUACCGAGCGAUUGUAGAGUAUGCUCGGAGGAUCCAUGACAAGUAUUUCCCGGAUUAUCAGCUCUGGGAGUGA